AUAUAAAGUUGUAGAGGUAGUUUUUAUCUUGUUUUAAAUUAUGAAUAUCGACAUUCACCCUGAUUUUCAAUCACAAUGGGCGGCAAAUCCAAAAGAUUCAAUUUUUGAAUUCCCACUUCUCAUCUCCAUAUCCCCAUACACUCCUCUUUUCAUCUGCAGAGAAAACAACCAAUGGUUACGAUCAGGUGCUCAAAAGCAAGUAAACCAUGAUAAGGAUGUUGCAAGGUUUUUAGUCUCCAAUUUCAAAAUUUAAAUUCACAUUCUUCUUCUUCUUCACACCCCCCUUUUCCACACACAAAGAGAGAAGCCAGAGAUAGAGAGAGGAUUUCUAGAGAGAGAUUCGAAUAAAGUUCCAAUGGCCACUGGUUCAAGGGGUUAGGGUUUUACGUCUCAACGGCCACGUUCUUAGCCAUCAGGCCUAUCACAGGUUAGUUCAUCGACCGUCUUAACCUCUCAGUUGUUCUCCUGCUCGUUAGUUCUAAUGGUGUCGUCUGAGGUGUUUAUUUUCACCGAUUUUUUGGACUCCAAAGCCAUGUUGCGUGGGAGCAAAAAGGCAAAGACCUCCGGUCAAGGUUCAUCUUCGGGAGCCGGUUCGGGCUCUGGGGUUUAUCAAAGACGAUGGGAACAACUUAGUAAUGUAGAAGAAGGCGAUGGUCAACUUGAAAGACAAGAUUGGGCUUGGGAAGAGGCGAAGAAUAGUGGGUCGGCUUCGAAAUGGAAGGAAGAGAAAACAAAGGCUCUUUCUAGAUACAAGAACAAGAAGUUGGAAGCCAAGAUGUGGAAGAUGAAAAUGGUUACGGGCAUUUCGAAACCCGUACCUGACAGGGCGGUUUGUGAACGUACGGUGGAUAUCGAAGAGUUUAGGAAGAUUGGGAUAGUGCAGAGGUUCGAGAAACUCGGUUGGGAGCGAGUGAUUGAUUGGUGUGAUGACAUUACCAAUCGGGUAUACUUGGCGGCAGUUUGUGAGUGGCUAUCCACUCUUCGUUUUGAACAUUCCGAUAGACCAGCCCAUAUGUGGAAGUUGAUUGGAAACAUUGGGAAAAAUCAAAUGGUGAUGUCCUUCGAGCAUAUGAAUGCUAUAGCGAGGUUUGACUCGCUUGGGGUCGAUGCAUACGAUUAUUAUGAGUAUGAUCAGUUUUUGGAUAACAAGAGGAAUGAUGCUGACCCAGUGACUCUCUUGGAGGAUACAUUACCCGGUUCUGGGGGUUCAGGUAAUGCAAGGGCAGAUUUGUCUCUGAUGGGAAAAAUAUUGCAAGGUAUCUCGUUGGAGAACAUCAUGGUACGGUUUGGAGACCGUGGGACGGUGAAGGCACCCGACUGUCGGGUGGUGCGUGCAUUAUUAUAUGGGACGCCCAAGCUCUCGUGGCGCCAAAUUGUUAUGAUUAACACAUGGGAUACACGGGAAUCAUUUAAACGCAAAAUGAUUCCUUACCCAAGAUUGAUCAGCGCCAUGAUUCUCCAACAAAACGCAUUACCUCAAGACUCACUAUGGGUAUCCAAACCCAUUGAUCAAUUCAACUUUGCCUCUAUGAGGCGACAUUGGAAUAUAACCGUGAAAUCCUUUGGGCAUUUGCACACGGUUGAAGAUGACCAAGGGGAUAGCUAUCGGUUCAACGACGAGGAGGUUGAUGAAGAAGGUGAGGAAGAAGGGGGCGAUGAGGAGAUGCCCGAUGUUGAGGAGGACAUUGAUCCUUCCGGUCCAUGGGGACCGAGGCGUAGGUACCGAAAAAAGCAUAGGGAAAUCUCUGCCAAUGUGGCAGAUUUUGUGAAUCAAAGACAAAUACCGUCAUAUCGGUUGUGGAACCGUGCGGAUCAAGGGAUCUACGACAAUGUGUCGGCAGGUAUUGGUGAAGCAAGAGAGUACCAUGCUAGUCGGAAAGAAUGGGAAGAGGCGCAAGGGGCGUACUCUCAACAACAAUGGGGUUUUCAAUCAUCUUUCCGCGAGAGGGUGGAAAAACAGUUGGAGGAACAACAACUGCAACAUGCGUUACAACAAUCUCAAAUGGAACGCAUGAUACAGUUGCAAGAAGAGGAAAGGGCCCACAGACAAGCGUGGGAGGAAGAGGAUGCUAGACGCCGGAAUGCACAGGCAGAGUUGGACCAACGCCGAUGGGGGGCGUUGGCUUUCUCCAAUCAGAUGGCAAUCAACAAUUUCAAGGUACUCCAUGACCAAGAACGCCAUCAACGAGAUUAUCAAGCCGGGCUUCCAUAUGCUGAACAUUCGGGGUGGACUGAUUACCCCAACCUUCCUCAUCCGCGAGGGCCAGCCGAUCCAAUCCCUCACUGGCCCGAAGCAGUUGGCUCGAGUUUUGUUCCCAUGCCAUACCAACCGCCACCCCAACAAGAGUCAAGCCCGUUGGAUAACUAUAGGGAUAUGCUUGAGGCCCUUACUGGUUAUCCGUACCAGCCGAACCCGCCCGUGAACCCCAAUGAGAGAUAUCAGCGGUAGAGGCAAGGUACGUUUUUUUGUUGUUGUUGUAUAUUAUUAGUUUAGUUUCAUUUUUUUUCAUUUUGAUUAUUUAAAUUAUUGCCUAGUUAAAUGAACUUUGUGGGUGUGU